GUACACCUCUCGUGGAAGAAUUGGUUUCCAUAUCAGAUGUUAUCUCCAGUUACGUCUCCGGAGACCCAACACAGCUGCCUGUGACACAUUUUACUUUUGACACCACCAUUUGUUUUACUUCAACGGCUUUAUCUGUUUUGGUAACCUUAAAACAAUGCCUCGCACAGCAGGGAGAGGGGAUUUGCCACCGACCAAAACAAUAAUUGUCUACAGGAACGGAGACGCUUUCUUCCCCGGGAGGAAACUAGUCGUGAAUCCGCGGCAGUUGUCGACCUUUGACAGUUUUUUGACCUUUCUGACCAGAGCCAUUGAGGCUCCGUUCGGGGCCGUCAGGAGGCUGUACACUCCCCGGCAGGGCCACAGGGUCCAGCAUAUGGACGACCUGAAGCAUGGAAGUGUGUAUGUAGCAGCUGGAAACGAGCACUUCAAAAAACUGGACUAUUGUGAGAUAACAAUUAAGAAGCCGCAGAGAAAGAAGAAUGAACACAUUCAGCCUGUUGUUCACUCUAAAUUCGUAGUUCCUGCUCGCUGGGAGAGAAUUGCUGAUGAGUCUUACACAAUACACGUGUUUACCAACGGGGACAUCCUGGCAACUCCAGUUAGAAUAAGAGUCCCAAAGUAUACUCGUAAAAGCUGGGAAAGUGUUUUAGCCAUGGUAACGGAGAAAGUGCGUCUUCGCACUGGUGCUGUUUUCAGGCUUUGCACAUUAGAUGGACGGCCUGUCUGCGGUCCCUCUGAGCUGGAGAACAAUCAGCACUAUGUUGCAGUUGGUACAGAAAAGUUCAAAGCUCUCCCGUAUGACCAGUGCGUCCCCUGCAGGGAAUUAUUAAAGAAAAACAACGUGAUUGAAGGCCAAGACACCCAGCAUUCUAUGAGAAACAAAGGACAUGCAAAGGAUAUGUUUACUCAUACAGGCUUUAGAGAAGACCUUGAGCACACAGCCAGGGGCCAGAUGAAGAAACACACAGCCAAGCCAGAGAGAACCAAACAACAGAGGCAGGUGUCCAGAAACCCAGUUCUCUUCUCGACAGGGGAGGGCAGCGUGUUCAAUGCACAAAACAAAAGAAGUGAGAUGGCAGGAGCAGCGGAGGUGCAGGAAGACCGCCAGUUGAAGGUGGACCUGCCAAUUGAUCAGGUUGAGGCCACGAUAGUUGAAGAGGAGAAUGAAGAUAGGAGUUCUUCUACGAGUCCCUGCAAGGCCUCCCUCCAUGAUUCAGAUAACUUGUGUCUGCAUAGGUCGUCUGCAGAUUCCAGGAAGGAUGAGGCUAAAGAGAAGGAGGUGUCUUCCAAGCUCGGCGGCAUACGGUCACGGAUGUCCCGCUUUUUCAAGGGUAGGUUCAUCAAAGCAUAA